AUGGCGGCUCAAACCGUCACCAUAUGUAAAUUCGUCGGCACAAUCUCGCUCGGCAUCGCAACGGGCGUCUCUGCAACCCUUUCCACACUCGCUCUGCCCGCCUUGCUCGCUCUGCCCACGGCCGUCAAUGCGCGGACAUCCUUGACCUACCUCGCCUCCUCGUCCUCGACUCUAUCCUCCUAUCUCCGCCACAUGACCACCUUUACCCUGUUCUCCGCAUACCUGCUGUCCCCACGGCAGGCCCGGCACCCGUAUCUACUCUACACCUCCAUCUUUGCUUUUGCCUCGGGCCCAGGCGUAGAUUAUGCCGUCACACUGAGCCAAGGAAGCAGUGAGCAGCGGCAGGUGCUUGAUCUCGAGGCACAAGGCGACAAUGUCAAUGGCGAGCAGGUGAGGCAGGCGGUCGAGAGACGGCAGUCCACAGAGAGGCUCAAGACAGUCCUGGCUGGGCUGACCUUUGCCAUGCAAGUGGUUGGGCUAUGGGGUGAUGGUGCCUAG